UUAAGCCCCGUGUUUGGACCAGUUCUGUCCAAAUGUUUGGGACCAGUUUGGACCAGUGCUGUCCAUACGUCUGGAGACUUGGACCAGUUCCAAACGUCUGGGACCAGUUUGGACCAAUUCUGUCCAAACGUCUGGGACCAGUUUGGACCAGUUCUGUCCAAACGUCUGGGACCAGUUUGGACCAGUACUCUCCAAACAUCUGGGACCAGUUUGGACCAGUUCUGUGCAAACGUCUGGAGACUUGGACCAGUUCUGUCCAAACGUCUGGGACCAGUUUGGACCAGUACUCUCCAAACAUCUGGGACCAGUUUGGACCAGUUGUGUCCAAACGUCUGGGACCAGUUUGGACCAAUUCUGUCCAAACGUCUGAGACCAGUUUGGACCAGUUCUGUCCAAACGUCUGCGACCAGUUUGGAACAGUUCUGUCCAAACGUCUGGGACCAGUUUGGACCAGUUCUGUCCAAACAUCUGGGAACAGUUUGGACCAGUUCUGUGCAAACGUCUGGAGACUUGGACCAGUUCUGUCCAAACGUCUGGGACCAGUUUGGACCAGUUCUGUCCAAACGUCUGGGACCAGUUUGGACCAGUUCUGUGCAAAGGUCUGGAGACUUGGACCAGUUCUGUCCAAACGUCUGGGACCAGUUUGGACCAGUACUCUCCAAACAUCUGGGACCAGUUUGGACCAGCUGUGUCCAAACGUCUGGGACCAGUUUGGACCAAUUCUGUCCAAACGUCUGGGACCAGUUUGGACCAGUUCUGUCCAAACGUCUGGGACCAGUUUGGACCAGUUCUGUCCAAACAUCUGGGACCAGUUUGGACCAGUACUCUCCAAACAUCUGGGACCAGUUUGGACCAGUUCUGUGCAAACGUCUGGAGACUUGGACCAGUUCUGUCCAAACGUCUGGGACCAGUUUGGACCAAUUCUGUCCAAACGUCUGGGACCAGUUUGGACCAGUUCUGUCCAAAAGUCUGGGACCAGUUUGGACGAAUUCUGUCCAAACGUCUGGGACCAGUUUGGACCAGUUCUGUCCAAACGUCUAGGACCAGUUCUGUCCAAACAUGUGGGACCAGUUUGGACCAAUUCUGUCCAAACAUCUGGGACCAGUUUGGACCAGUACUGUCCAAACGUCUGGAGACUUGGGCCAGUACUGUCCAAACGUCUGGAGACUUGGGCCAGUACUGUCCAAACGUCUGGAGACUUGGGCCAGUACUGUCCAAACGUCUGGAGACUUGGGCCAGUACUGUCCAAACCUCUGGAAGCUGGUGCCAAGCUUGGAUCAGCUGUGCCUGCCUCAUUCUCCGUUUGGAAUUUUGGAAAACCUCUCCUGACGUUCUUGUGGGACAGACUGACGGCGUGACGUUUCUGUACCUACCGCUAAACACGGAGGCGUGUUCCAUAUGUGUCACUUUCCUCUCGUGUUGUCAUGGCUGCAGAGCUCGCAGACUCCGUGUCGUCUCCGCCGUAACGUUUUUCAGGUGAAGGAAUCGAACGUGAAGUCAUCACGGCAAACCUGCAGAGUGUUUAUCGCAGCAGAACUCUGAUCCCGCUCAGUCUUACGUUUGGACAGGACCAUGUGAUCAGAACCAUUCGGGCGUGAAAACGGCGAGGUUCUGUGGGAAGCUGGAACGCUCAGAUGUCACUCACAGCAAUGUGGCGUUCGGACGUGAGACAAACCUUCAGCGGCGAUGUUCUGGUUCUGAUCUAACUCAGGGAAAGUAGCGCUCAGAGGGACAUUCAGACACUUUUUCACCGUUAAAGCAGAAAAAAAGGAGAUCGGUUGUGAUCUGUGUUUGGCCAAAACAUUCAGGUGUAAACGGCGAGGUUCUGUCAUCUUCAGAGAACCCGGUGCGUCCACAUGGUUCUGGUAUAGUGUGAAACCGUUUCCUUUUGUUGGCUCUUGCUGUUUGGAUUUUUCUGGACCCGGUUCUGGUUUGGAAAAUUCUGCAGUGCAGAUGGAAUCUAGAGCAGGAAGACCUGGAUGAAGUGGACGGAUGUUUGAUCAGAAGGAGCAGACAUGGGCGGGUUCUGCGCUUUACCAUGAGGCAUUUCGGUCUUUCAGAACCUGGAUCGGAGCAGAUCAAAGAUCCUUCUGAUGGUAGAAACACAAACUGAAGGGCUGAGCGGCGGCCUCAGUGCCCCCCCUCACAUCAACACACCGGCGACGACGUCCUCCGCUGCCGUGACGGCGCUGGUUCUGCAGUUGAUGAAGACGUGGCACACAGGGGUGGGACGCUGUACGGCUGUGAGGGUUGCUCGCUGAGCCUCCCCCAGUUCCCAUCCCUGCUUUGGUUGCUGCCCCCCAUGCUCACUGGUGGGGGGCGUCGUGCACAGAGACUCUAGUGGCGGAAGGUUGUGGGUCAGCUGAACUGAAAGCUUUCCUGACCGCUGGGGUGCAGGACACUGGACCACAGGGCCGCUGCAUUUAGGUUUUGAUGUUUCCUCUGCUAUCGGACUCGGCCUCAUCAUCACCAGGAUGUGUCACUGCCAUGCCAACCGCUCCUCCCGAACGCCAACAAUCACGCCAAGCUGUGGUCGGCGCCGUUACUAUGACGCCAGGAUAACCUGUGCGGCGGCUGAUGUGGGCACUGAUGCUAAACGGCUAGCAUUCAUGUGGUUCUGGAAGGCUCAACGAAGAACCAAAGACCGACUUUCAUUCAGCCAGCAGACCCCCCCAGUGAGCGCUGGGGGGAGGUCCAGGGCUUCAUGGGGGGGCACAGACAUCCCAGAAUGGGUUUUGGCGUGGAUGCGGCCUCGCUCAGGGUGAACGCUGGCUCCUCUCAGCCUCACUGUGAUGAAGGACGCUGCAUCAGCAGAACUGCCGCCCAGAGGUUCUACCCUGGUGGGAGGUCUGUCACGCCCCCCACUGAAGCCAAACAUCCCAAAAUAAUAAUAAUAAUUGAUACUUUAUUUAUCCCACAAUGGGGAAAUUCUUCUCCACAUUUUGACCCCUCCCCUGGGGGUAGUAGUGAGCUGCAGGCAAGCCGUACUGGGGGGGGUGAUAGCUGGCAAGGGAGAGCGGGUAUCGAACCGCGAACCCUCCUGUUGAUGGACAACCUGCUCUCUCACCUGAGCUAAACUGCCGCCAAAAGAGUCUGUAGUUGCGGCGGCGCCUGGGUGGUAUCAGAGCGGUUUCAGCCAACGUGAGGCUGGACGGGUUUGAGACGUCCAGACUGGAGGUUCCACCUCAUCCCAACAGAAACGUUCUUCAGCGUGGAUCGUGUGAUCUGAACCGUCGUUUGUUCUGGAACGGCCAAAAAGGGCCCUGUCAUUGGCCGUGCCGUCAGAACCGCCGUGUAUUCUGGGACGGCGCAGAGCUGCCUGUCGUUGGCCGUGACGUCAGAACCGCCGUGUAUUCUGGGACGGCGCAGAGGUGCCUGUCAUUGGCCGUGCCGUCAGAACCGCCGUGUAUUCUGGGACGGCGCAGAGGUGCCUGUCGUUGGCCGUGACGUCAGAACCGCCGUGUAUUCUGGGACGGCGCAGAGGUGCCUGUCGUUGGCCGUGACGUCAGAACCGCCGUGUAUUCUGGGACGGCGCAGAGGUGCCGGUCGUUGGCCGUGACGUCAGAACCGUCACGUGUUCUGGGACGGCGCAGAGGUGCCGGUCGUUGGCCGUGACAUCAGAACCGUCACGUGUUCUGGGACGGCGCAGAGGUGCCGGUCGUUGGCCGUGACAUCAGAACCGUCACGUGUUCUGGGACGGCGCAGAGGUGCCGGUCGUUGGCCGUGACAUCAGAACCGUCACGUGUUCUGGGACGGCGCAGAGGUGCCGGUCGUUGGCCGUGGCCUCAGAACCGUCGCGUGUUCUGGGACGGCGCAGAGGUGCCUGUCGUUGGCCGUGACGUCAGAACCCUCACGUGUUCUGGGACGGCGCAGAGGUGCCGGUCGUUGGCCGUGACGUCAGAACCCUCACGUGUUCUGGGACGGCGCAGAGGUGCCUGUCGUUGGCCGUGGCCUCAGAACCGUCGCGUGUUCUGGGACGGCGCAGAGGUGCCGGUCGUUGGCCGUGACGUCAGAACCCUCAUGUGUUCUGGGACGGCGCAGAGGUGCCGGUCGUUGGCCGUGACGUCAGAACCGUCACGUGUUCUGGGACGGCGCAGAGGUGCCGGUCGUUGGCCGUGACGUCAGAACCGUCACGUGUUCUGGGACGGCGCAGAGGUGCCUGUCGUUGGCCGUGACGUCAGAACUGUCACGUGUUCUGGGACGGCGCAGAGGUGCCUGUCGUUGGCCGUGGCCUCAGAACCGUCGCGUGUUCUGGGACGUGGAAAGUGCCUGAAGUCUUGGUCACGAAUACCUGCAAAGAAAAAGGUUCAGGAAACAAAACGGGGUUUUCUAUACAGAUGAGUCCUUUUGACCGGUGGAUCUUUCAGAACAUAUACAUACAUGUGGAUCAGGUGUAUGCUGUACAUUUUCAGUUCUAUUUUUUUAUUGUUUUUAAAAUGGUCGAUGUAUCCGAGACAAAAGUAUCCUCUGGAAAUUAAAGGUGAAUCCUCAAACUGUG